AUGUUCAGACAGGUCUUUGCACGUCAGAGCGUGAGAUACAACAGCUCCAAUGCCAAAUUCAUGGAGGAUGUGUUCAAUAAGCUGAAAUCGAUCAAAGAGAUUUCCAAAGAGCCCAAUACGAAACAAGCAUCUGGAAGCAGGCCAUGGAGCGGCAAGAAAAACCCCAGAAAAAACAACAAUAACAACAAUAGACAAAGAUCCAAUAGAAACCGCGGAAAGGUCGCACGCGAGGGCAACACUGCAAAUGCACCAGCUGCUCUGAACACCGUUGGUAACUAUCAGGCUCAACAAAAAAAGACGUUCUCUCCUGAACUGGAUUCCGUCAUUGAUUCUGCAUCGCAACAAGCACCCUCCAACCAGAAAUUCACACGUAAAUCAUUCUCGUCGAGAAGGGGACCCAGACCCGUGACUUCGCGUAUUGACCGUGUGAUCCAAAGGGCCAGAAGAGGUAGAAUGGCUCAGGAAGACGCUACAGAUGCGGACUUUCUCAAUAAGACGGCCGACAGAGGAGCUUAUACUCCCGCCUCUGUUACCUCCGAUUCGAUCGUCUUGACGGCGCCUGGGAUCCCAUACUCUCACGAAACCAGAGUGUUGAGAGCCAUGAUCGAGCUACUGAAAGAGAAGAAUAUCCCACUGGGUUCUAUCGAGAGGGCCAGUUACCUGUCCCUUCUACCCGCAUUCCAUAACUCUCUUGGUGAGCCAAUUGAUGAUCUGGAAAUCUCAGAAAAAGAGAUCACAGACAAGUUGAAUGCCAUAGUGCUGGGCAAGACAGAGUUCUUCCAAGCCGAUGCGACCAAGCUCGUGAAUGAGAAAUUGCAAUUGAAUGCGACGGUAGUGAGAAAUGCGAGCAACUCAUGGAAUGCGUCUACGAAUGAAGAGGAUAUCAGGGAUCUGGUUGCACCAGCGUUGGUCGGCGAACAACCAGUUGGAACAAUCCCAAAGCCAUUCAUGGAAUAA